AUGAAAUUACUUCUAUUUCUGGUACUCGCCAUCUCUGCAUACCAAUGCUUUGGCUACCCAAGAAAACCAAUAGAUUCUCAAUACGAAGUGAAAAACAAAGUGAUUAUUGUUACUGGAGCAGCUCGAGGCAUUGGUUAUGCAAUAGCCGAUAAUUUUCUCGAAAAGGGAGCAAAGAUCAUAAUCAUACUAGACAUCGAUGUGCCCAAAGGACGAGACGCCGCGGCAACUUUAAAUGCAAAAUACGGAAAGAACAGCGCGGUUUUCAUCAAGUGUGACGUCACGAAAGAUCUAGAUGAAGUCUCCCGACUAAUCUUAAAAGACUACGACGUAGAUAUUUUGGUAAAUUGCGCAGGAGUGGUCAACGAAUUUGAUCCUAGAAAGACGUUGACGACAAACUCAAUAGCUCUUAUCGAAUGGUCCCUUAAGUUCAGAGAGUACAUGAGAAAAGACAAUGGUGGAAAAGGCGGAACGAUUAUCAACAUUUCUUCUAUAUACGGGUAUACAAUAGACCCGUUCUUGGUUUCAUAUAAGGCGUCAAAGUUUGCUGUCUUAGGGUUUUCCAAAUCACUGGGUCAUGAAUUGAACUACAAGAUUACUGGAGUCAGGGUGCUCGUUAUAUGUCCCGGUGCUACAGAUACAAGAUUGGCAAAGAACGUUAAGGUAUUCCCCGAACACAACGAGCUCUUCACAAGGCUCACAGACAAAGCACAAAAGCAGAGUGCAGAUGCCGUUGGUAGGGGAGUCGUGGAAGUUUACAAGUCAGCUAGAACAGGUACGGCUUGGGACAUUAUUGGGGAGAGACCCCCUGUUGAAUCGCCUCUUGCAGCAUACGCUUCCAUGAAAGAAAUCUUGGAUAGUUAAAAAAAAAUUCUUUAACUAUAUUUGACAUUUACUUUGUUAACCCUUUCAAGUGUACACUUAAGAUUAGAAUCUAAAGAAUAAAGAAGAUAUUGAAUCUUAAAAA